UGAUGGAUAUGUUGGCUAUGCUGGAAGUGGAGAAUUUCCCAACCAGUCAUGGCAUUUCACAAUACAAUGGAAUUAAAACAUUUAGAAACAGUUAUCAGAAUGUGUGGAAUAAGUUUGUGGCCCAGUCCACAACAGAACGAGAUCUUUUCCUCAAUGAAUCAUUCCCUUCUGGCUUCCAAUGGGCCAGUUCCAGUGAAUCCUUCAAGAUUGAGGGAGGCUGGGUAGAAGAUGGUAAGGGAGAGACCAUUUGGCACCGUUUUGGUCAUGAGGGCCUAGCCUUUGAAAAUCAGACCGCUGAUCUAGCUUGUGACAGUUACCACAAGGUGGAUUAUGAUGUCUACCUCCUUCGAGGUCUUCAUGUCAACACCUACCAGUUUUCCAUCUCCUGGGCCCGUAUUUUCCCUUCAGGCCACCAGGGCAGUCAAUCAGAGAAAGGGGUGCACUACUAUGACAAGCUGAUCAAUGCUCUCAUUGAGUCUGACAUACAACCUGUUGUCACUCUCUACCACUGGGAUCUGCCCCAGGCACUCCAGGACUAUGGUGGAUGGACCAACGCUUCCAUUGUUGAAGCAUUCAAGGACUAUGUAGACUUCUGCUUCUCCAGGUUUGGAGACAGGGUCAAGACCUGGAACACAUUCAGUAGCCCCUGGGUGGUGAGCCAUGCUGGGUAUGGCACUGGUGAGCAUCCCCCUGGAGUAAAAGACUAUGUGGUUGCCUCCUAUCAGGUCACUCACAAUAUGCUCAAAUCCCAUGCUGAGGCCUUUCAUGUCUACAAUGACAAGUACAGGAAGACACAAGGAGGGAAGAUAGGCAUUGCAUUGAACUCUGACUGGGCUGAGCCCAUGGACCCCUCCACACCUGAAGACAUAGCAGCUGCAGAUCGCUACCUGCAGUUCAUGCUGGGCUGGUUUGCACAUCCCAUCUUUGUAAAUGGAGAUUAUCCUGCAAUACUGUUCAUAUUUCUUUUUGAACAGAAAAGAAAUGAGUGUCCCCUCUCUGAUCCAGCAAGACUUCCAGUUUUCACUACUGAAGAGAGCCAGAGGAUACGUGGAACAGCUGACUAUUUGGGAUUAAACCACUACACCUCCCGGUUGGUCAACAACAGUGUUGGUGGCUGCACCCCUGGUCCUCAGGGGGUAGGCGACUUCCAGGCACAUGUGGACCCAUCAUGGUCCUCUACAGCUUCUGCAUGGAUCUAUUCUACACCUUGGGGACUUAGAAGGCUUCUAAACUACAUUUCUGCAGAAUACUUAAAUGUUACCAAAGUGCCCAUCCACAUUACUGGGAAUGGUAUGCCCACUGAGUACAGUGGGGACACUUUAAAUGAUGCCAGUAGAAUAGAGUACAUGAAGAGUUACAUCAAUGAGGCCCUGAAAGCUAUACAUUUGGAUGGAGUAAAUGUACAGCAGUUUACUGUCCAGUCGCUCAUGGAUGGCUUUGAAGGUCCACAAGGCUACAGUGAACGUUUUGGACUGCACCAUGUCAACUUUGACCUGCCUGACAGACCCAGGACUCCAAAGCAGUCUGUCUACUUCUACUCCACAGUUAUUGAGAACAAUGGUUUUGCUUUCAAAAAACUGUUCUUUUAUAAACCAGAACUGAAAAGCAAAGAGUCAAAUAAAAUGUAUUUAAACCCACCCUCCACUGUCCCUUCCAAAGCCAAGGAUGUUUGGAAGAAAUUCUCCAGUCAAACCAAUUUUGAGAGAAACCAUUACAGCACUUUCCCGCAAGGCUUUAGUUGGGGAGUAUCAUCUUUGGCUUAUCAGAUUGAAGGUGGUUGGAAUGCUGAUGGGAAGGGGCCCAGCUUCUGGGAUACAUUCACUCAAAAACCUGGCAGUAUUCCUGCUAACGCCAAUGGAGAUGUGGCCUGUGACAGCUACCACAGACUGGAUGAAGACUUCUACAUGCUGCGAGCUCUGAGGGUAAAGUCGUACAGAUUCUCUUUGUCCUGGUCCAGGAUCUUUCCUGAUGGUCGGCACACCUCACUGAAAGGUGUUGACUACUACAAUAGACUCAUUAAUGGCCUCUUAGUAUAUAACGUCACUCCCAUGGUGACACUCUACCACUGGGACCUUCCUCAAGCUUUACAAGACCUCGGUGGCUGGGACAAUGUAGAGAUGAUUAAUAUUUUUAACGACUUUUGUGACUUCUGCUUUGCCACCUUUGGCAACAGAGUGACAUUUUGGAUGACCUUCAACCAGCCUCACACAAUUGCAUGGUCAGGAUAUGGACUUGGACAAAUCCCACCAAAUGUUAAGAAUCCAGGAAUUGGACCAUACAGAGUUGCACACAACCUUAUAAAAGCACACGCCAAGGCUUACCACACAUACGAUGAGAAGUAUCGCAAAUCCCAAGGCGGUCUAGUAUCCAUUGCCCUGAAUGCUGAUUGGAUUGAACCUAAAGAUGUUCAUGUUCCCCGUGAAGUGGUGGCUGCUGACCGCGCUUUGCAGUUCCAACUGGGCUGGUUUGCACACCCCAUUUUCAAGAACGGGGACUAUCCUGAUGCAAUGAAGUGGCAAGUUGGAAACAAAAGUGAACUCCAGGGUCUUACAGAGACAAGACUGCCUUCCUUCACUGAAGAAGAAAAGAGCUUCAUCAAGGGAACUGCUGACUUGUUCUGUGUAAAUCAUUACACUACGAAGAUAGUAAGCCAUGCUACAUUAAGGCUUGCCCCUCAAUCUUAUGAAUAUGACCGGGAUAUGCUAGAAGCUGAGGAAGGUGAUUCACCAACAACUGCCAUCAGUAACCAGAGAGCUGUAGCAUGGGGCUUGAGAAGACUCCUUAACUGGAUCAAAGAGGAGUAUGGAGAUCCAGAGAUUUACAUAACUGAGAAUGGAGUUGCUACAGACAUAAAGACCACAGUUGAUGACACUGACAGAGUAUUUUACUACAAAACCUACAUUGAUGAGACUUUAAAGGCUCAUAAUCUUGAUGGUGUGAAGGUGAAAGGAUACAUAGCAACAUCACUCAUGGACUCAUUUGAGUGGCUAAAUGGGUACAAAGUAGGAUUUGGUCUGCACCAUGUGGACUUUACUAAUCCAAACCGGCCAAGGACACCCAAACGCUCUGCUCACUAUUAUUACCAAGUCAUAAAGGACAAUGGCUUCCCGUUAACAGAUGACGAGAAGAGGUUUUAUGGACAGUUUCCCAAAACCUUUAACUGGAGUACUGCCAGUGCCGCUUACCAGAUUGAAGGGAGGUGGAGGGCCCAUGGAAAAGGACUGAGUAUCUGGGACAAGUUUGCCCAUACUCCUUUAAGAGUGUCCAACAGCGAGAAUGGCGAUAUUGCUUGUGAUAGUUACAACAAGAUCAACGAGGAUGUGGAGGUGCUAAAGAAGUUGAAGGUGACCCACUAUCGCUUCUCUGUAUCCUGGCCCAGAGUGCUUCCUGAUGGCACCAACAACCACAUCAAUGAAGCUGGACUGAACUAUUACCAUAGAUUACUGGAUGCCUUGGAACAUGCCUACUAUAUUCAGCCCCAGGUGACCCUGUACCACUGGGACCUCCCCCUAGCUCUACAGAAGGUGGGGGGCUGGGAGAAUGAAACCAUUGUUCAGAGAUUCAGAGAUUAUGCCGAUGUUUUAUUCAACCGACUUGAAAGCAGAGUGAAGUUCUGGAUUACUAUAAAUGAACCUUAUUUUGUAGCCAACCUUGGUUAUGGAUAUGGUACCUUUGCUCCAGGCAUUGUACGUAAGCAGUAUAUUGCAGCUCACAACAUCAUCAAGGCCCAUGCUGAGGCCUGGCACCUCUACAAUGACAAGUACCGUGCAACACAGGGUGGCAUCAUCUCCAUUACCAUUCAUUCUGAUUGGGUGGAGCCAAGGAACCCAUAUAAGCAGGAGGAUGUGGAUGCAGCCAAACGCUACUUGCAGUUCCUCCUUGGCUGGUUUGCCCAUCCCAUCUUCAACAGCGAUUACCCUGACUUAAUGAAAACAAUCAUUUGUAAAAGAAGCCUUGCUGCAGGUCUCCCUGAAUCACGGUAAAUGAAAAUUAUUAAAUAUAAAUCAUUUUGGUUUGAUAUAGAAUAGACAGAGGUGAAAUAUGCCAAAAUAUACAUCACAUAUGUGACUAAUGCAGAGCUUAUGUCCAUUCCAAUAUCCAGGGGCACUCAAACCAGUCAUGACCGCACUUGGAUUGAGUCCGGCUCCUUUUGGCUAAAGAUCACUCCAUUUGGGUUUAGGAAAAUCCUCAAGUUUAUCAAGGAUGAGUAUGGAAACCCACCCGUGUAUGUCACAGAGAAUGGGAUCUCAGAACGAGGAGAAGUGAAUUUGAAUGACAUCCACAGAAAGUACUACUAUGAAAAUUACAUUAACCAAGCCCUGAAAGCCCAUGUUCUGGAUGGAGUUCAUCUGAGAGGCUAUACAGCCUGGUCAUUAAUGGACAACUUUGAGUGGGCCUCCGGCUACUCCGAGCGAUUUGGGAUUUUCUACAUGAACCGCUCCAAUCCUACCUUGCCCCGCAUCCCUAAAAACUCAGCUUCCCGCUACGCCUCCAUCAUCACCUGCAAUGGCUUCCCAGACCCGGCCCUCGGGCCCCAUGACUGUUUGAACCCUGAACCUGAAGUGACAAAUGCCCCCAGUGUGACCACACCAGAGAACACCGGACAUACAACCGUCCCUGUUCUGCUCCUGUACAUGGUGGACUUCUUGGGUCUGGAGCUUUCAACUCCCGAUGCUGAAGUUGCACUUUAUGUCAUCUUUGUAAUUCUAUUUGUAAGUGUACUUGGUAUCAUCUUUGUUGCACAUCGUCUCCUGAAAACACGAAGGAAGUUAAAGAGAGCAGUGGUGGAAUCUGUUAAGAUGGAGAGAUUGUGAGGAAAGUUUUGAAAGGAAGUGAAAUCUGAUACAUGAACGGAUGCCUGUUUAGGUGCUAAAUGAAUGAAUCAUAUAUAGGUCAAACAGGCAUAAGGUCACCAACUGGAAUGGAGGGUGCAUUAUCUAGUAGCAAUGAUUCACCAAACCAGCUUUUUUCCAGUGUACUUUCCAGUAACAAGUAACCAAGAUGCUUAGGGGAAAUGUAGUGGAGUAAAAGUAAAAGUUUCUGGAAAUAUAAAUAACCAAGUAAAGUACAGAUACAUGAGAAUUCUAUUUAAGUACAUAGCGAAGUAUUUCUACUUCAUUACAUUACAACACUGCGUAGAACAACUGUGUUGAGAUUUUGGGUCAAUUGACCUUUAUUCUGAUCAGAGCUUUAUACCAACUUACUUACGUAUGAACAUUUGCUGAUUGCCACAAGUGCAGAAAUAAAGCAAAAGGCCCGAGAUGUA